CGAAACUUGACAGCGUUCAGGUUCAGCCUUGUUUCACACUAAGCACUGAAUCUAGCUGCUUACUUACUUUCAUACUUAUUUGUCAGAAAUAAUAUGGAGGAUACGACGUAUAACCCAUGUCUCUGUUUAUCCGUACGGACCGGAUCGUUUCUAAUUUCCAUAAUUGAUGUAAUUUAUGGAGCAGGCUAUAUCGGUCGGGUCUUCCUCUUACGAGAUAUGGUUGGGACUUAUCGGGAUUUCUAUCCUCAAAUGUUAAACACCACUUUAAUGUCAACGGUCGUAAGUCGGGAUGAAGUCCAAUUUGCAAACUAUGGCUUGACUAUAUUUUCAGGCAUUGCUCUUUUUAUCGGGACGCGGUUGGUGAGAAGAAUAUUAUUAUUUAUUUUACAAAAUACAACAAUUUCUUCCCUAACAAUGAAGUUAGUACGGAUUGUUAUUGUUAUUAAAAUAAAUGUACAAAUAAAUUGCAUAAACCAUACACAGGCUUCGGGAAAGGCGUUGCGGGCAUGUUAUAUUUGGCUAGUUUGUCGCCUCUAUCUCACCCUCGUCUUUAGCAUGCUGUGCUAUGUCCUGAUUGGAAGUGAGAAUGAAUUGUAUGAAAUAUAUGGGAUCGAGGUCGUAUUCUUCCUCCUUUUGCACGCUUACUUCUUCGUCGUCGUAUUCAUCUUUACAAAACAGCUCCGUAUGGAUAUCAGGAUUAUUAAGAUGUCAGCAAAAUCAAAACAGCAAAGGACUCGAGUCCAACUAAAACUUGGGAAAGCAUUACAAGCUCAAGACAUACAUAAGGCGAAUUUGCAUGAAUUUUGUCCUGAGCUUUAUCUCAAAACUUUAGCCACUUAUCGGAGGAAUAGCAGAGAAUCGGUGAGGUAUUUAGAGCCACGCCGUGGUGACGAUGAGGAAUGGUCGGAACAGCGGUACAGAUCAAUUUUAUCAGGAAAUGUGUCACCGUCGGGGAGUUUGAUGAGUAAUUUGAGUCUGAAUCCGUCCGUUUUUGAGACUCCUUCGAAUUUGAAGGUGAAUGCUGGGAAAUCAGGUCAAAGAAAUCCGUCGCCCACAACAGCGGCACAACAAAAGCAACCUCAGGUCCAUUCUGUACUGAAACCGGGGGUGUAUAAAACCGGAACUGAUCCUGAAGUUGAGGGGAAACGGCGUCUCAGAUUUUCAGAAGCAGCUCCUGCAACUACGACAUUACCGAGAGAUAUGGAACAAGAUAUUUUAAGAGAAAAUUUAAUGUCAAGGAAUCCUGCUGCCAGCAAGUUUAAGAAAUUGUAUUUAAAUAACGAGUUCAUCAUCAUACUCCCAAAAUCCAGCAGGUCUAAAUCUAAGCACGAUUUUGAAUAAAGGAAAUGAAAUACUUUUGUACAGUUGAGAUAUGCACAACAACGGUUAUUUAAUAAAAUUGCCCUGGUUUACUAAAUCUUUGUGAUGAUUUUAAUUAGCACAUUUUUCCUGUUGUAGUACUAAAAUCGGAUUGAGUAGUCGUUGAUCUCUUUGACUUUGUUGUUCCGUUGCGUUGCGCUUUUUAGUUCAUUCCACACAUCAUCUGAAUUUGUUUCAAAGAAUUUCUUUCAAAAUGCACCCCAACAUAAUUUUGUUAUUUUUAUUUCUUACAAUAUUCUUAAUGAUUUCAAAUACACAAGCAGAAUCGGUACAACGUGAUGUUGAAACUUUGCCAAAAGUCUCAUUUCUUAAAACAAACUUGGAAAAUAAAAUUGUUCAUAGAACUUCAAGAGCAGGGAGACAACCGGCAAGAAAGAAAAGGCGAAAAACAUCUCAAGCACGCUCUCCGAUCCUUAGACGUCAGGAUGCUGGACAACAGGGACCAGGGUUAAAUAUCACCUCUGUCUCACCAAUCGAACUAUCUUUGGGAGGUCUCACCGGAUUGCAAGGCCUUCCUCCAUUAAGCAUUAUCCAAUUUGUGAAACUUCUCGUGGCAGUGACCCCAUUUAUCAUCCCCCUCGUUUUCGUCCCAAUACUUAUCUUCACCGUGGGAAUGUUCAUGAUUCCUGUCCAGAAACCAAGUCUUUUCGUGGGUGAUGGUCCAGUUAAGAGGAGUUGGACCUCUCCCAGCCGUAUUGUCCCGACGUUGACAAAUGUUGCAAGAAAUUUUAUAAAUUUUGAGGAAUGUUUUGAAAGAUUGGUGUGUGAAGUUGGAGAAAAAUACUUGGAAAAUCAUGUCGGAAUGGAUGGUAAAAACGGCAAGGUGUCAUCAUUAUCAUCAAAUAGUAUUGAUUACCGAAGUAUAAUUGGAAGGAUGACGAACCAGUUUAAUCAUCCACUAAUGAGACGAAUAUCAACUGGUCUUCGCAUCCCAAAGAAUUCUUGCAGAGAGAAAACGUGCAGUUUGAUAUCAUUUUUACAAAUAUCGUUCAAUAUGUGAAACACUAAUUUGGUGAUUUGAUAAACAUAGUUUAAUCCUGACCUCCAAUAAUAAGAUAAAUAAAUUUAAAUUAUUUAAAUGCACAUUUUUCACAUGUAAUCUAAUUACCAUACAUAUACAAAUCAGUAUGCAAUCAAUGCCCGUUAUUUGUUCUCACCUUUUCUCAUCAUGGAAUCGGGUCAAAUUAUUUAACGGACCGAAUUUAUUUUUUCAUUAGAUGAUACAAGUUAAUUAUUUGUCGUUAAAGAAGAUCAUCUUAGGAAUACUUACAUACUUGCAAUUUACGUAGUAUAAUUUCAAAUCUACUGCAAUCAGCAAUUAUGCCUUCUUAUUUUCUUGCAUUUUUUCUUUUCAAAAGUUCUUUCUGUCAAAAUUUGUACACUCAUCAAGGAUUCAACUAUUUAGAUCCAGCAUGGACAAUUCCAAGAACACAAGAUUAUUCCAUAAUUAAUAAUCCACCAAGGUCAGAAAAUGAAAUCUUGUUACCAUCAUGGAGGAGAGAAAAUGAAGUUGAACCCCCAAAACCACCCACGCACCAAGUGUCAAUAACUACAGAAAAACCACCCGAAAAUGUCAAACAAGACGACAAGAAACCUGAGGAUGAAAAAGAAGACUCGAAAAUGAAGGAAGAACCAGAAAUGAAAGAAGAACCAGAAACUAAGAAACCAGAAGAACCGAAGAGUCCAUUUGACGAAUUGGCAUCAGACAUAAGUCGUCCCGAAUUUUAUCUCCCAAUCCUCAACGACUUGACCUUUAUUGGCCUCAUACUUCUCUUCAUGCCGGUCAUCAUUCCAUCAAUCAUCAUCCCGUUAACGUCCUACGCCGUCGGAAGCCUCUUCAUACCUGUCGUCAGGUUAAAUUAUUAUGUCAACCAUGUUCUCAAUCCAAAUCCUAUUCCUUAAUUUAUGAAAAUAAUUUACGUAAUUAAUGUGAUUGAGUAGUUUGUAUCAAUUGUAUCAAUCGGUGACAUAUGUCUGUGUCUCGAUUUAUGGCUGCCCAGGUGCAAAUAAUUAACCAAAAAAGGAUGGAAUAAAAACGUUUACAUGUUGAUUUCAA